AUGGAAAAGUGCAAUUUUUGCAUAUGCCAACAAAAGAAGAAGAAGAAAUCGAACGAGAUGGAUAUUGUUGCUCAGAGAUCAAUUAUUUGGCCGGAGGAGUUAAUAAGGGAGAUCCUUAGUUGGUUGCCCGUACGAUCUCUUUUACGAUUCAAAUGUGUUUCAAAAUCUUGGGAUAUAACCUCCGAUCCUUACUUCAAGACGAAGCAUCAAAGUCGUCAAGUCAAUUCUCCAAGAUUUCUUUUUGCCCAUACCAACUUCUGUCGCCCUCAGAGUUUUCAUAACUUAUAUUCUAAUUCUUCUUUAUCUCUUGACGAAGACGAUGUACAAAAUAUUGAUUAUCUCUCUUCAGAGUAUACAUGUUUUCACAUACUAUGUGGUUCUUGUGAUGGAUUGGUUCUCAUCCGACUUCCUACUCGUUAUACUCAUGAGCUUCUCUUGUUAUGGAACCCCUCAACACGAGAAUCAAUACAUAUUCCCUUUCCGAUAUUUGGAUUACGUAACUCUAUUUUUGGAUUUGGAUAUGACCCAACUACUCAUGACUAUAAGAUACUUGCAAUUCAAGAAAGCAAAUCACAAACACAAUGUGGAAUUCUCGCACUAAAAAGUGGUUCUUGGAGAAAUGUCUAUAUUGAGACACCUCACAUCUUUCGCACUUUGAAGAAUUCGUUUGGUUCUAAGGAUCCUUUGGCAUUUGUACAUGGAGCAUUUCAUUGGAUUCAUCGCAAUUUUUGUGUGGGUUCAUUCAAUAUUUCAAAUGAGGUAUAUACAAUGAUACCAUUGUCAGAGCAAAUGUACUCUUAUCUUUCCCUUGCUAUCUUCGGGGACCAUCAUAUUUCGAUAUUAGAUGGAAUGGUUUGCCUUUCUUCCGCUUGUAAGGUUGAUGGAGAGUAUGCUUUUACAUUGUGGGGAAUGAAAGACCACGGUGUCAAGGAAUCUUGGACUCAAUUAUUUAAAAUAAAAAUUGCCCCUGUUUCUAUAGUCAAACCUGUUUAUAGGUUUGCAGACGGUGAUGUACUAUUUCAGUGCCGCGAUGUAGUACGUGAUUCAUUCAGGACAUCCAAAGGAAGAUUUCGGUUAUGGUGUGAUUCAUUUGUUAAGCGUGGUGACAUGAUUAAUAUAGUCACUUUCAACGAGAGUUUGAUCGAUCCAAAAACACUUAUUUAA